GGAGGCGGAGCUGGGGAGCGAGUUAAGUAGGACGGUAAACUGGGGCUUUCGUCCUAGUUCUACUGCGUGUGCUCCCUGCUCUCCUACGCAGGGAUGGCAGCCGCUGCUCUGUACGACAAGGACCGGGGGCGCGCUGCCAGGCCGGCCACAGUCCGCCUCAAGAUCCUGCUUGGACACCUGCAGGGCUCCGCGGCCCCGGCGAUCGCAGCUUACCCAACUUCAACUGCUGUUGUACCUUCCAGUGUCAAUCCUCAGAAAUUCCAGUACACAAGGGAUAAUGAUGUCUUAACUCUAGAACAGAGACAAUUUUAUGAAGACAAUGGUUUCCUAAUCAUUAGAAAACUAGUAUCUGAUGCAGAUAUUCAGCGCUAUAGGGAUAAGUUUGAAAGGAUCUGCAGAAAGGAAGUGGAACCUCCAGGAAUAGAAAUCAUGAAGGACGUGACCAUUGUAAAAUCAGCCAUUUCUCCACAUGAGAAUGUCACUACAAAAAUCCAGAAUUUUCAGAAUGAUGAGGAACUCUUCAGCUACUGCACCCUACCUCAGAUUGUUAAAUAUGUCGAGUGUUUUACUGGACCCAAUAUCAUGGCUAUGCAUACAAUGUUGAUAAACAAGCCUCCAGAUUCUGGCAAGAAGACUUCUCGGCAUCCUUUCCAUCAGGACUCGCACUACUUCCCAUUCAGGCCUCACAAUUCCAUUGUUUGUUCUUGGACCGCCAUGGAACAUAUUGAUAGAAACAAUGGCUGCCUGGUUGUGUUACCAGGCACACACAAGGGCCCCUUGAAACCACAUGACUAUCCUAAAUGGGAGGGAGGAAAUAAUAUUAUGUACCAUGGUAUCCAGGACUAUGAUUUAAACCAACCCAGGACUCACCUUGUGAUGGAGAAGGGAGAUACUGUUUUCUUCCAUCCUCUGCUCAUUCAUGGAUCUGGAAGAAAUAAAACUGAAGGGUUCCGGAAGGCAAUUUCCUGUCACUUUGCCAGUUCUGACUGCUACUAUACCGAUGUAAAGGGCACUAUUCAAGAAAACAUCGAGAAGGAACUCCAAGACUUUGUAGAAAAAAAGUAUGGUAUCUCCGAUAUCCAAUUAAAGGAUGUUUGGAAAAUUCGAGCAAAGCUUGUGAAAGGAAGGAUAAUCAAUCUUUGAAGUGUUCCUCAAAAGUCAACACCAGGUGCCAAUGGAGGAUGUUUUUAUAUGAGUAAUGUCCUUGUUAUCACAUACUAAUGUGAAAAGGCACUUGGUUGUAUGCAGUAUUGUCUGCAUUUGCAUUGUUAAUGUUUUGAUAGGCUAAAAUUUGUAAUAUGUAAAAAGCUUAACAAUGUCACAACUGACAAAAAUGCUUAUGUAAUUUCGGAGUGAUCCAAGUCUUCAAAAAAUUGGGGAGGGGGGACCAUCAAGUACCUCUUAGCUAAAAGAAAAUCUACUGAGUUCAGAAUCUUUGUAAGUAUAAACUACCUAGGUGCUACUAGCACCUAAAAAGUGAUGGCUGUUUGCAUUCAUAGUUAGGGGGGAAUCUACUGCAGGUGCUUCUCUAGGGAGACAAAGGAUAAGAACUUGUUCUAAGCAGGUAGUUCUUUAAUCAGUGGAAGAUUAUGGAAUAAGGUAAAGGAAAGACCUGCCACAUUCCACAGUAGACUAUAGUCCAACAGAAAGUGUCCCCUCCUCCCAACUGCCUCCUUAAAAAAUGGAUUUUAUUUAUUCCUUUCUCUUUUUCUGACCCUGAUGAACAGGGUAACAUCAUCCUAUGAUUACAUUUGUAUUCUUUUCAGGCAAGAGAAAUGAAUAUCUUCAUAAUUAGGACUGAUGUUAAGGGUAGGUGGUGGGAAGCUUAUCUGAUCAUUUUGAUUUUAAGUCAGAGUGAACAUGAUGUGUGGUGAUUUCUUGCCAUUGAUCUUCGAGUUUCCAUUUGCUUCCCUACUUAUGAAAGCAGGUGAUGGUAGUAAGGGGCCAUAUUUCACAUUAAUUUUCCAAUCAUGGUAGGGACAAUUUCCUAGUAUUAAAAUAGGAGGGAGAAAGAUAUGGGGGACCUCCCAACACUCCUCCUCCUCCCCUUUCUUGCCAUAUAAGUAGAAGACGUAUUUCCUUGGCUUUUCUUUGGUUCCCAAUGGUCACUAACAGCAUAAGUGUACCUACUUUAAACCUACAGUAUCCCCCAGCAGUAGGGUGAUAGGAGCUAGUAUGAGAGAGUUGGGCAAUGGAAAGACUAAUAAGGGAAUACAAAUGAAGACUAUAAAUGUGAGCUAGAUGGACCAUUGUCUCACUCUGGAAUACUGAAUUUCUCCCACCAGUUUUUGCCAAUUUUGGAACAAAGAUGUUUUUGAAAUAAAGUUAAAUAGUAAGGGGGAAAGCAAA